AUGGAAAUCAAGGAACAUGUUUGCCUGGAAGCCUUCCUGAUACCCCCAGCUCCCAGGACUCUCCUUUCCCAACAACCUUGCUUUUAGCUGCCUUGUCUUUAUCCGGGUUUAUUCUCUUUCUAGUUAUUCUGUAUAUUUGUGCUUGUCUCCUUGAUUUAAAUGUAAACUCCUUGCAGAGAUUGUGUCCCUCUUGAUACUUGUAUCUUGAAGUGCCUAGCAGAGUAUCUGGCACACACCAGGCAUUGAACAGGACAGCUGGAGUCAGGAAGUCUCAUCUUUGUUUUCUCUUCAGUGCAGUGGAUCCAGUUUGUCAUGGCGACUCUCAGCAUUAUUGGAUCCAGUGCAAUCAUUGCCUAUACUAUCUUCCAGAACAUAAUGAAGUCCCCCGAGAUGAGGCCCCUUCUAUGCUUAAGUUUCUCGGACCUGCUCCUGGGCAUGUGCUGGCUCCUGGGGGCUCUGCUGUAUGGGACACCGACGGCCAAUGAGGACACAGUCUGUUAUAACCUACAAGUCACGGGCCAGAUAUUCUACAUCUCAUCCUUUUUCUACACUGUCAACUACACGUGGCACCUUUACAUGGACCUGAAGGUGAAAUACAACCAGAAUGUAUACAGGGCCUCCACAGUGGACUGCACCUCCAGAAUUGGAUGGAUAACUGUUGUUUUGUCCAGUCUCAUCCCUUUGCUGCUGAUGGUACCUGUAUUCUGCCUGGGCAAUACUAGUGAAUGUUUCCAUAAUUUCAGCCAGAGUCAUAGGUGUCUCCUGAUGCAUUCACCACCCCCAGCAAUGGCUGAACUCCUGCCCUCUGCCAGUACUUCAGUCUGCAGGAUUCUCUACUUUUACGGGCUCAUCGUCUUCCUGGCUAGCUUCCUGUUCAGCCUGCUUGCUAUUCUGGCCUUACUCAUCCGGGCCCAAAUAUUGUAUAAGAGGUUUGUGAAAUCCACUGGCUUCCUGGGGGAUGCGCAAUGGGCCAUGAUCCACAUGGUGGAGCAGCGAGUGCGUUUCUACCCAGCUGCCUUUUUUUCCUGCUGGGGUCCAGCUGUCAUCUUGGUGAUCAUCAAGCUGGCCAGGCCACAGAACACCCGCCUGCACAUGGCGCUCUAUGUUCUCCAGGCUCUCACGGCAGCAUCCCAAGGUCUGCUCAACUGUGGCGUCUAUGGCUGGACACAGCACAGACUGUACAGGUUCAGGAGGGAAGUCCAGAGGGAUGCAGACACCCAGACGCCCUUGCUGCGCUCCCAGAAAAGGUUUUACACUGGCUGUCUAGCUUCCCCGGAAUCUAGCCCUACUCCAGCAGAUGCUGCCUCCACUGUCCUCUGAAACCCAAGAGGAAAUGGGGCUACCGAGGCAGGGACACUCUGCAGGACUGUGCAAGGCAGCAGUGGGGAGGAGGACCCUGGGAUGCUGCCACUUGGAGCUGCUUUGAACUCGUUAUCCCCGUUUCUUCUCCCCCCUUUCUCUCCCCCUAGCCUUUCAGUCCUCAGAGGAUUAGUAGGGGCUUGGGGUGGUUAUCAGGUGCCUUGGGUAGAGUCUCUUCUUGAGGAUGUUUCCGCACUCUUGUCACCAUUCAUUUUUAGUUGCAAAGGUUGAUGAGCCCACCUCAACCUCCUGGGCUGGCUAUUACCUCAGGGACACUUGGAAUGACAGAACUCCCUUUUGGAAACAAUAAAGCCCCAGGUGAUUAUUUAUAAGUGGUGUUGUUAGACAUGCAUCUCUGCUCCUGGGAUGUGGGAAAGAAGAACUAUUCACCUCCUCCAACAUCUUGUCUGAGAUUGGCCAUAACAAAGACCCGAGUUUCCUCGCCUUGGAGAUGCUCAGGAGGGCAUGAAAACAAAAAAAACCUGACUUUUCUGGAAUUAAAGGGCCUUCAAAUCCUC